AUGCUGCCCAGGAAAUCAAUUGUUGCGUUAUUGGCAUCGCUGUCCUUGACAAGUGCCAUUCCGCAACAAGCCACUACAACAACGACUUCCACAUCGACGGCUUCAUCUGGUAGCUCUACUAGUACUUCCAGCACCACCACUACGACUACUCAAGCUGCGGCAUCAUCAAGCGCACCGGCUACUCGACCGGGUCUGUCGUCCGUUUCUCACGGCGCAUACAGCGGCUCUGCGUCCGUGACUGGCGCAGUGACAGCCAGCUCUGUUGGUACUGGGAUUGUGGUUGGAGGCGUGCCUCCAGCUGCGACGACAUAUCCUGCCGAUGGACAAUUGCACGAUCCCGAACCUGCCCCAUAUGUUCCUGCAGGAGGUGUCGGCCUGAAUACGACUCCUGUUUAUAAUGUCAAGAGUGAUUUUGACUUUGAAUCUUUGGCGCUUGCUCUAUAUCAAGAAUGGAUUGAGUUGGAUCUUUUCCAGUACGGUCUUGAGGCGUUCAGUGUAUCUGAUUUCGAGGAUGCUGGAUUGACUGCCGAAGAUCGUGCCCUGAUCGAGUUCAUGGCCAUCCAAGAAAUCGGACACGCCACUGUCAUUAGCAACAUGCUCGGUCCACAGGCACCAGUUCAGUGUAACUACAACUACCCGUUCACGAACGUGCGCGAGUUUGUAGACUUUUGUCAGAAGCUCACACGAUUCGGCGAGGCUGGCGUGUACGGCUACUUGUCUCACCUAGAUAGUCGUGAAGCUUCACAGCUACUCUUGCAAAGUAUCACCACCGAAGCUCGACAGCAGUUGAUCUUCAGACAGUUUGAAGGCUUGUUCCCCAUGCCCGUCUGGUUCCAAGUCGGAGUUCCUCAGUCUUGGGCUUGGACACUACUUGCUCCAUAUAUCAGUUCCUGUCCCACGAACCAGACACGUCUGGCCUGGCAAAACUUCCCGGCCUUGUGGAUCUUGAACCAACCCAAUCCUGUCCGAAGAAACGCCACUCAGGGCUUUAACGAGACCCUCGGUGCGGGGACCAAUACGUUGAACAGCACCGGUAUCUCCGGCUCAGACGCUUGCUUCAACAACACCGAUAAGAGCAACGACUGCAACCCCGCAAUCAGCAACAACCGCAGCAUCCCGCUCUCAUACCCAAGGCGCGUGGUCAAUCUCACCUGGGAAUAUCCCGGAAAACCCGUUGGACCCAAUAGCAGUUACGUCACCUCGUCUACAGCCGGUUCUCCGGCGUUUGUGGCAUGGGUGUCGCAGUUGAAUGUGACUUACUCCCCCUUGAAUUUGACCAGCAAUACUUCUGGAACAACCAUUCAACCAAGCGUCGAGACCUAUGAGGGCGAUCCUGCUGUUAACGGGACAUUGUUUAUUGCCAUUACGGACUCGGAUCUGUAUUUGACGCCGUUUAACUUGACUUUGAUUAAUGAGCAUGUUGUUGCUGGUCCUGCUUUGUACCAGGCUGGCUAA